GCUACAUCAACGCUACGCCAACCAGUUCUGCGUUGUUUCUAAUUCUGCGCACAUCGAACCAUCUUUUAUAGUAUUAAGGAAUAUGAUACUUUAAUAAUUAGUCGUGUCGGGAUAAACUCGUCUCAGCGUCACUUGAAAGCGUCUCAGGCUAGCUUAGCUUGCUAGUUAGCUUAGCAUAUUAGCCGCUUACAACGACAAGCGGAAGUGAUCCACAGUGUGAAAAUGUGCAAAGUAGAAAUGCUGAGAGUGUUGGUGAAGCAGCGACUAACUGCUGCUGUGGAAGAAAUAUUUGUAGUGUUGGAAAGAACGAUAGCAGAAUACGAGGAGGAACUUUGUCGCACCAAAAAGGAGAACGAGCGACUGCUGGAGGCAGUUUUCAACAAACAUCACGUUGGGACACACAGAGCAGAAGAACAUCUCGCCUCUGAGCAGCAGGAGUGGAGCUCCGGGGCGGCGCAGGAGGGGCCACAGCCCCCCCACAUUAAAGAGGAAGACGCGGGGGAGACGCCGGAAGAGCUGCAGGACUUCCCGGUGAUCCGCGUCAUCGUAAAGAGUGAAGAUGAGGAAGGCGGCGGCUGCGGAGGAUCACAGGCGGGCCGCCUCUUGGCGCCGCUGUCGGACAGCGACGACGCCACGUCUCCCGGCAGCGACGGCGGCGACGACGACUCCAAAGCCGCGGCGUGUCCCGCGGAAGAGAAACACAAAUGUCUCCAGUGCGAGAAAAUGUUCGGCAACAAGCGAAACCUGAAGCGACACAUGAGAUGCCACACGGGAGAAAAACCCUUCAUGUGCUCGGUUUGCGGCAAAAGAUUCUCCCGCAAGGACUACCUGACCAUACACACCAGGAAACACACCGGGGAGAAACCCUUCACCUGCUCCGUCUGCAACAGCAGUUUUAGCUUCAACUCGGCCUUGUUCCAGCACAUGGAGACCCACUUUGGGGAGAAGCCGCAGUGCCCGCAGUGCCACAAGCGCUUUGGCAACAAGAGAAACCUGAUAAGGCACAUGAGACGGCACAGCGAGGAGAAACCGUGCGUCUGUUCCUUCUGCGGCGAAGGCUUCGCCCUGAAAAGAAGCUUGAUCCGACACAUCAGAACGCACAUCGGGGAGAAAACGUUUGCGUGUUCAAUCUGCAACACCAGCUUCUGCUACCAGUCGGGUUUGAGUAAACACAUGAAGAAACACACCAGUAAGACGGUUUAGCGCGAGUGUGAGACUGAACAUCUAUUAUUGUUUGCUCUAUCACAGGGGUCACCAACGCGGUGCCCGCGGGCACCAGGUAGCCCGUAAGGACCAGAUGAGUAGCCCGCUGGCCUGUUCUAAAAAUAGCUCAAAUAGCAGCACUUACCAGUGAGCUGCCUCUAUUUUAUAAAUUGUAUUUAUUUACCAGCAAGCUGGUCUCGCUUUGCCCGACAUUUUUAAUUCUAAGAGAGACAAAACUCAAAUAGAAUUUGAAAAUCCAAGAAAAUAUUUAAAGACUUGGUCUUCACUUGUUGAAAUAAAUUCAUUAUUUUUUUUUACUUUGCUUCUUAUAACUUUCAGAAAGACAAUUUUUAGAGAAGAAAUGAUUUUAGGAUUUUUAAACACAUAUACCUUUUUACCUUUUAAAUUCCUUCCUCUUCUUUCCUGACAAUUUAAAUUAAUGUUCAAGUAUUUUUUUUAUUUAUUAUUAUUGUAAAGAAUAAUAAAUAA